AGACGCAAACGUUUAUCAGUUAUUUCGCCUUCCAUAAAGCACAGGCAGAAGAUAUGUGGCAGUAUGCGAAUCUAUAAGCAUUGAAUGUAACAAGUUCAACGUUCUUUUUAUAGAGAAUGGAAGUAUUUACUUUAGUUAUUCUAACAGUUCUGAUUGUCCUGGUUUCAUUAUGGCAAUUGACAGGCAAAAGUUCAAAGAAUAGUUUACCUGGGCCUAUUGGAUUUCCCAUCAUAGGCAGUCUUGUUUUGAUGACUAAGAAACCGUUUAUUAAAUUCACAGAGUUGUCUAAAAUAUAUGGACCGCUCUACAGGAUAAAGGUUGGUAGCAGAAAUGUUCUUGUAAUAACUGAUUUUGAAAUCAUGAAAGAAGCAUUUUUGAAGGACGAAUUUAUGGGUCGUUCACCAGAUUUAAAUUUAGAUCUCAGCGAAGACUCCAUAAGAACCGGAGCAAUUAAUGAGAUGCCGUGGAAAGAACAGAGAAGAUUCUCUUUACAUAUGCUUCGAGAUUUAGGAUUCGGAAAAACAAGGAUGGAAGAGCAUAUAAAAGAAGAAAUCAUAGAAUUGCUCCAGCGUAUAUCCGAAUACGAUGGGAAACCAGUGAAACAUUCAUAUCUCUUGGAACCAAGUAUGUCAAACAACGUAUCUUUUUUAGUGUUUGGGAAACGUCUGAAAUAUAAUGAUCCAGAGAGAGAAAAUUUAGAUCGAUUUGUACGAGAAGUGGCGAGACUCAUUGGAGCUACAAGUUGGCAGGUAUUUUUUCCCUGGUUAGGAGCAUUCAUGAGGAAAUUUAAACUUGGACAAAAUGGAGAAUUGUCCAAAUUACUUGGAGAAUUGAAAGAAUACAUCAGAAAAGAAUUAAAGCAACAUGAAGAAACAUUAGAUCCAAACAAUAUUCGCGAUUUCAUGGAUGGCUAUCUUUUGGAGAUUCAGAAAAAAAGUCAUGAUCCAAAUACCACUUUUAAAAAGGAGGUAUUGGUAGACUUGUCCAGGGCCUUAUUUGGUGCUGGUAGUGAAACAGUACGAGUAACAGUGGAUUGGGCGCUUCUGGCAUGUGCUGCUUACCCUGAAGUUCAGAAAAAAAUCCAUACCGAAAUAGAUGAAGUCCUCGGAUCGGAACGCUUCCCGACAUGGCAGGAUCGCAUCAAUAUGCCUUUCACUGAAGCUGUUCUGGCAGAAGUCAUGAGGUGGAAGACCAUCGCGCCUUUGAAUCUAACGCAUUAUACUCUUGAAGACACAGAAUUGAGAGGAUACUUCAUACCGAAGCAUACGCUUGUCGUAGGAGUUUUAUGGUCUCUUGACAAUGAUGAAAAACUUUGGGGAGAAGAUGUUCAGGAAUUCAAGCCGGAGAGAUUUUUGAGUCCUGAUGGUCGGAAAUUUAUUAAACCAGAAUAUGCCAUUCCUUUCUCCGUUGGUAAAAGAGACUGCCCCGGUAAAUCUUUAGCUCAGAUCGAAAUAUUUCUGUACGUAGUAGCCAUUUUGCAGCAGUUUAUGAUACAGAUUCCUGAGGGAGCUAAAAUUGAUUUCGAAGCGAUUUUCGGGUUAAGCCAAACACCAAAACGACAAGAACUGUGUUUCAAACAACGCCAAAAAAUGAAUUAUAUGUGAUUUAAAUGUUAACUGCAACUAAAAUAAUACAGCUUUACAUUAUUAUUA